AUGGCGCAGUCUGCCGUCGGUGCAACGCUCGGAGCCGCUGCCCUGCUAGGCGGCUGUGCCUUUCUGGCUCCUUCCACUCCACAUGCGGCCUCCGCACCCGCACAGCUGCGAGGCGCCACGCAGGGCGCUUCUUCCGCUGCGGGAGCCGCUGCCCCGCUGGCUGGAGCUGCUUUGCUGGCGACUGCUGCGGCACUGGCCAGGCCCACCGAGUCUGCAACGACCCGUCGGGCGGCCGUGAAGAAGAAGGGUGUCAAGGUUGUCCACGGCAAGGAGAUUCCAUGGAACCUCUUCACUCCGAAAGCCCCGUACCCAGGAAAGGUCAUCGAAAACGAUGUGCACCCGCAGACUUUGACCGAGGAAACUGGGGAUGCCAACUGGGAGACUUGCCAUGUGACCUUCGACCACGACGGCAAGGUGCCCUACAUUGAGGGACAGUCCAUCGGAGUCAUCGCACCAGGUCCUGACAAGAAGGGCGAAACCCCGGCCCGGAUCCGCUUGUACUCCAUUGCUUCCUCGGCAGUCGGGGACAAUCAGAACUCCAAGACCGUGUCUUUGUGCGUGAAGCGCGUGGUCGAGGUGGACGGCAAGUUUGCCAAUCGCGAGAAGGGUGAGGACAAGCCCGAUAAAGCUGGCACGGCUUACCCUGAGAACCAGGUCUAUCGGGGAGUUUGCUCGAACCACAUCUGCGACAUGUCGCCCGGAGAUGACGUCAUGAUCACUGGCCCCACUGGAGCCGAGAUGCUUCUGCCUGAGGACCCAGAGGCCAACAUCAUCAUGCUGGCUACAGGCACGGGCAUCGCCCCGAUGCGAUCCUACUGCCGACUGCUCUUCCACGACGACGCCGGGGCUAGCGGAGAUGGCAGAAAGUUCAAGGGCAAGGCCUGGCUUUUCAUGGGAGUUCCCUACUCCAAGUCUCUCCUUUACGAUGACGAGCACCAGGACUACAAGAAGAACUACCCGGACCAGUUCAGGUACGACUACGCCGUCAGCCGUCAGCAUCAGAAUGCAGCGGGCCAGAAGAUGUACAUCCAGACCAAGAUGGCAGAGUAUGCGGAUGAGCUCUGGGAUCUCAUGCAGGACGAGAAGACACACGUCUACAUGUGCGGUCUGAAAGGCAUGGAGUCUGGCAUGGCAGAGUGCUUCGGACCUAUCGCGGAGAAGGCCGGAAAGGAUUGGGCAGAGUUCGCCAAGGCUAUGAAGAAGGCCGACCGCUACCACGUCGAG